AUGGGAGCGGAGGGAUUGGGGCUGUACGGCCUAUUGACGCUUCCGCACAUUGUCGUUGCCAUCGUCACGUACUGGAUCACCGCUACAGUCUACUACUUUCUCACCGCACCGAAAUUACCUGCAGACGUACCAUGUAUGGGCUACGGGACAGGGUGGAUAGGUGGGAUUCGCAACUUCUUCGCUAUUACAAAGAGUAAAGAAUGGGUGGUUACUGGAUACUACCAAUACAACCGCAAUGACCAGGCUUUUGUGUUGCCCCCCACGCUGGGCAUGCCGCCUGAGAUUGUCAUACCGAAAAGCCAAAUGGCAUGGAUGUUUGACCUAUCUGAUGAGGUUGCCAGUGCGAGUGAGCCUCACUACGAUAUGUUUAACGGCGACUGGGUGCUUCUCGACCCCAUCAUUCUCAAAGACCCCUAUCACGAACACGUCAUCCACAAGAACAUGAUCCGCAAUCUAAAAACACUUAUUCCAGGCCUCAAUGACCAGAUACCGGGGGCUAUUAUGGAUGUCUUCGGUACUGACACGGAGAGUUGGAUGAAGCUGGACGUCAUGGGCUCGUUCUCCAAGAUAGUCCCCCGUCUAUCCAGCUUCCUAACUGUCGGACCCCCUCUAUGCCACAAUCCCGAGUUUAACAAGGCCGCUCAGGCUUUGACCAUGGACAUUACACUCAUGCAAAUCAUGGUAGUCCUCACACCCAAAGCAAUCCAGCCACUUGCUGGUGCCCUCCUAAGUCUACGCAACAGAUACCACUUCGGGCAAGCAUCCCGCUUCGCCCUACCCAUAAUCAAACAGCGCAUCGCCGACAUCCAAAAGAAGGACGCUGGCCACCCCGACUACACCUCCUGGACCGAACCCCAAGACUUCUUCACAUGGUCCUACCGCACCGCGCAAUCCGAAAACCGCCCGGAAGAAAUGCAGCCACACCGACUCGCCCUCCGCACAAUGGGCGUCCUCUUCGCCAGUCAGACAACAGUACUGACUAUGUACGACUCAAUCAUCAACAUCCUGCACGCCGGACAGCAAACUAUCCGCGCCCUUCGCGAGGAAUCGCACCGCAUCCUCCACGAAGAAGGCGGCCACUACACCCCCCAAGGCCUCUCCCGCAUGCACCGCCUCGACUCUGCCAUCCGCGAAGCCCAACGCAAAUCUCCCAUAGGCCUCACUCUCUCCACCCGCAAAAUCGUAGCUCGCAACGGCGUCACAGCGCCAAAUGGCACGCAUUUUCCCUACGGCACCCUGCUGUCGUGUCCCUGGAUGCCGAUUGCGGGCGACGAAACGAUUUACGAUAACCCAGGUGAAUACGAUGCGUUUCGGUAUUCGCGGCCGAUGGAAGAAUAUGCAAAGUUGAGUGAGGAGGAAAGGAAAGAUGUCGAUGUGUUGAGUAUUAAGCAAAAGGCACUUGUUACAACGAGUUUUGAGCAUUUGCAGUUUGGACAUGGGAGACAUGCUUGUCCAGGUCGCUUCCUCGCUGCGCACGAACUCAAAAUCAUCAUCUCGUAUUUACUGCUGCAUUAUGACUUCAAGCCUCUGGCUGAAGGACCGAAGAUUCUGUGGGUUAUUAGGUAUCAUGUUCCGCUUUCGGUGCAGAUUGAGACGAGGAGGCGCAAGGCGGUGUGGACGCUGGAGGAUGAGUGA